CCAUCAAGUUAGUUUAGCAGGCGUUAGCCAUUAAUAGGCAUGCAACAACCAAGCCCUCCUAGCAUUCUCCUACUUUGUAGAUGAAGGGUGCGUUGAGCACGUGCAUAACAACCCACUUGUGUGUGUAUAGAUAUAUAUAUAUAUAUAUUUUUUCACACUUCAAUAGAUCACGAAAGAGCUAGACAUUAAAAUCUUGUAACAUUGAUAAUUUUCUUCCCAAAUACAUAAUAUUAUCCUUGUAAUUAUUGUCCUAUAUUCCCUUCCCAUUUCUAAAAUCAUAUAUAUUUUAAUAUAUAAAAUAUAUAUAAACAUGACAGGGGAGGCACCGGCCACCACCGUUUGCGUCACAGGAGCUGCCGGAUUCAUCGGGUCAUGGCUCGUCAUGCGCCUUCUCGAGCAGGGCUAUACUGUUCGUGCCACUGUUCGUGACCCUGAGAAUAAAAAGAAAGUGAAGCACUUGAUGGACUUACCAAAAGCUGAUACGAACUUGACACUAUGGAAAGCUGACCUUAAUGAAGAAGGAAGUUUUGAUGAAGCCAUUGAAGGUUGCUGUGGGGUGUUUCAUGUGGCCACACCUAUGGACUUUGAAUCCAAGGAUCCUGAGAAUGAAGUGAUUAAGCCGACAAUCAAUGGUGUGUUAAGCAUCAUAAGAUCAUGUGUGAAAGCGAAGACAGUGAAGAGGCUAGUCUUCACAUCCUCAGCUGGAACAGUCGAUGUCCAAGAACACCAACAACCUGUGUUUGAUGAAACCAAUUGGAGUGACUUGGAUUUCAUCUAUAAGAAGAAGAUGACUGGUUGGAUGUAUUUUGUGUCAAAAACAUUGGCAGAGAAAGCAGCAUGGGACGCAGCUAAAGAGAACAACAUUGAUUUCAUCAGUAUUAUACCAACACUAGUGGUGGGCCCUUUUAUCACUCCAACAUUUCCACCCAGCCUAAUUACUGCUCUUUCACCAAUCACAGGGAAUGAAGCUCACUACUCAAUUAUAAAGCAAGGUCAAUUUGUUCAUCUUGAUGAUCUGUGCCAAUCUCAUAUAUUCUUGUAUGAGAAUCCUCAAGCAGAGGGAAGAUACAUUUGCUCUUCUCAUGAUGGAACCAUUUACGAUUUGGCUAAAAUGCUUCGAGAGAAAUGGCCCGAGUACAAUGUCCCCACUGAGUUUAAGGGCAUUGAGAAGGACUUGCAAGUCGUCUCUUUCUCGUCGAAGAAGUUGAAAGGGAUGGGGUUUGAAUUUAAGUACAACUUAGAGGACAUGUUCAAAGGAGCGAUUGAGACAUGCCGAGAGAAGGAAUUGCUUCCACAUUCUAGUGAAAAAGACCAUGCAUGUCAACGGCAAGGUUGAGAAGGGAUUGCUUCUACAUUCUAGUUGAAAAGACCAUGCCAAUGGCAAGGUUUUAGAGGCAUAAGAAAGAGAAUCACGGCUGUAUAUAUUUUAUGAUAAUAAGAGUAUGGCAUGGUGUUUGCUUCUAUUGUUGUAAAAGUAAUCUGUUGUAAUAAAAUCAUCAUCGAAAGAACAACUUUUUUUUCCUUC